AACAUCUGAACGGACGUCUCACUACACACACAGUUUCUAUGCAAAAGAAGUUGUGUUUUAGGAAUCUCAGGCACUUUGAGCUCUAAACCUGGUUUUCCUCUCCCUAUUCACAAGCUCAAUUUCUCCAUUCUAUAAUUUACUUUGUCUUUUUUGUUUAAUCUUAUAUUUUUAUUCAGAUUGGUUUCAAUUUUGUUUAUGUCUGGAAAUUUAACCAUUAUUGAUACUUCAAACUUUUCUAUUUUGAUUUAUAUCAGAAUAAGUAAUGUUGCUAUGAGUCAUUUGUGACUCACUUAUGUACUCUGUAUUUGUUGUAAUUUUCUGAUUUAUCAGAGUUUCACUUUGCCACAUGUAGCCGAGUAGUUUCAAUAUUUUAGUUUCUAUUAUUUAGUGCGUUUGGAGCUGAGUUAGUUGAAGUGGAUAUUUUGUGUGAUGCUUAAUGAGCCAAAGAUUAAGAUAAGAUUUUUGAAACUACUAUUUUGCUCUACUUGAAGAACUAUACAGAUGAGAAAUUAUUGAUUGUAAAAUGAUUUAUGAUUUGGGAAAUUCUAUUGGCAGUUACUGUGUUAAAACUUUGAAGUGUUAAUCUCAACGCUUGUUUUACCGACUUAAAGAUUAUGCUGUAGAGGUUUUGUAUACAAAAUUGAAGAAGAUUUUAAGAGUUUAUUUCAUCAAAUGGCAGAAAUUGCAGUGAACCUUGUGAUUGACAAGUUGAUCCCUUUACUCAGAGAUGAAGUCGAUCUUCAGAGAGGAGUGUCAAACCAACUUGAGUCAGUGAAAGACCAAUUACAAAUGAUUCGUGCUUACUUAAAGGAUGCAGAUGCAAAAGCAGAGACGGGAAAAACCAACCACUUAGUGAAAAUGUGGGUCAUGCGAAUGAGACGAGUUUCAUAUCGUAUUGAAGAUGUGAUUGAUGAGUACUUGUUGCAAGUGCACAAUAAGUUUCAAGACAAUGGUGGGGUUGCUUGCUUCAUAUGUGAAAUUUGUGACUUGCUCAGAUCUGUCAUGCUCAGCCAUAAGAUUGCAUCACAGAUUGAUGAGAUAAGAGAAUCAAUAGCUUUACUCAGCAGAGAAAAAGAAACUUUUGGGUUCAAUCCAUCUGCUUUGGAACCAAGGAGUGAUACUGCCACGGUGCAUUAUCUUCGACAAGGUGCCCGUUUCAUUGAGGAUGAUCAGCUUGUAGGGAUUGACCAUAUCAAGCAAGUACUAUCCAGUUGGUUGUCAGAACAAGGUAGUCGCACUGUGAUCUCAGUGGUAGGCGAAGGUGGUCAUGGUAAAACAACUGUUGUGAACAAGGUAUUUAAUCAAAAGAAGAGGGAAGCAUCUUUUAAUUGCUAUGCUUGGAUCACUGUAUCCCGAUUGCUCAAGGGAGAGGAUCUAUUGAAGGAUUUGCUAAAGAGGCUUUAUGAGGAGGCUGGGGACAAAGAAUCCGUCAAAGAAAUUAGUGAAAUGUACGGAAACGCUCUGGUAAUAAAACUGAGAGAAUACUUACAAGGAAAGAGCUAUUUUAUUGUUUUUGAUGAUGUAUGGGAAGAAAGCUUUUGGGGAGACGUAGAACAUGCAUUACCAAGAGACAGGGGUAUGAUAAUCAUCACGACAAGAGAUAGGAGAGUUGCUGAGUUUUGUGGAGCUCAUGGACCAAUUCACAACUAUGACAUGCAACCACUAAAUCGUAAGGAUGCUUGGAACCUUUUUUGUCUGAAGGCUUUCCGAGAAGAUUGUCCCAAAGAUUUGAAAGGAUUGUCAGAAGAGUUUGUUAAGAAGUGCAAUGGAGUGCCACUUGCGAUUGUGGCUAUUGCAAGUCUCCUCUCAACCAAAAACAAAAAUGUCUUAGAAUGGAAAAGGGUAUAUGAUAGCCUACGCUCAAAACUUUCAAGUGAUCCCCAUCUUAGCUGCGUCCAUCAGGUUCUGUCUGAAAGUUACCAAGAUCUUAGUUACCACCUCAAGUCAUGCCUCUUAUACUUUGGCCUUUUCCCUGAGGAUUACUCGAUCAGUGGUGUGAGGCUCAUUAAUUUGUGGAUAGCAGAGGGUUUUGUAGAGAACAAAGGGAAUGAUGGUCAAAUUCUCGAGGAAGUAGCAGAAGAAUACUUAAACGAGCUUAUUGCUAGGAGCUUGGUUAAAGUGGUUGAAUUGUUCCCGUAUGGCCGGGUUAGACGUUGUAGGGUCCAUGACUUGAUGCAUGAUUUUAUUCUCAGAAAGUGUGAGGAGCUGAACUUUUGUCAAGUGAAGAAAAGUAAGAGACUCGUGUUGCAUGAGUGGACUCGGCGCUUGUCAAUUGACGAAUGUGUUGACGAUGAUCCUGUGAAGAAAAGUGUUGCAAACUAUGGGCUAAUAAGGUCCUGUUUUCUUUUUGGGAUUAAUGAAGACGCAACAACUUCUGUGUUGGAAUCAUUGUUCUCAAGAUUUAAGCUCUUGGCAAUAUUAGACUGUGAAGGUGCACCUCUUGAUUAUCUUCCAAAAGCAGUUGGAGACUUGUUUCAUUUGAAAUAUUUGAGUUUAAGGAAUACUGGUAUCUCCACGAUUCCCAAGUUCAUUGGUAAGUUGCAGAAUCUUGAGACCCUGGACUUAAAAUAUACUCGUGUGCUGGAAUUGCCAUGUGAGAUUAACAGACUUGUUAAGUUGCGUCAUCUUUUGGCAUACGAGUCUUUCGGUGUGGGUGUGAAAUUGAAGGCAGGAAUUAGACAUCUAAGUUCACUGCAGAAGUUAAGAAUGGUUGAUGCACGUGAUAAUGGGGAUGUGAUUAUGAAAGAACUGAAGAAUCUGAAGCAGAUAAGGGAUUUGGGCAUUUUUAAUAUAAAUAGAAAAGAUGGGAUAUUAUUAUGCAAUGCUAUAGAGUGCAUGACUUAUUUGAGGUCAUUAGCAAUUAAAGCAGCUGAAGAAGAAGUUAUUGAGUUGGAGUCAUUAAGUGUUUGUCCUGAGCGUCUCCAACGCCUUUACUUAGAGGGGCGUUUGGAAAGGUUGCCACAUUGGCUUCCCGAACUUAAAAGUCUUUGGAAGCUGCGGUUGUCUGGAUCACACUUAACAGAAGAUCCGUUGCCUCUUAUCAAAGACUUGUCAGCACUGGUAGAGCUCCAACUUUAUGAGUCAUAUGAAGGCAAGGAGUUGUGUUUCGAAGAGGGAUGGUUUCAGAAUCUGAAGGUUUUAAGAGUUCUGCUUUCCACUUUGGUAACAUUAAAAAUAGAAGAAGGAGCAAUGCCUUACCUUCAAUCGUUCUAUUUAAAUGAACCCCCUCGAACGGUGGAUGUGCCAACUCAUGUUCAACAAGUUAUCAAAUACGGAUACAUUUGGUGGUGACGAAACGAUGAUUCAGAAGAUUGAGGAGGCAUUGGAGGGGUCAACUAGAUAACUAUGUUGAUAACUUAAUAACAACUCAUUUUCAUUAUUUGUUAUGUAAUUUGAGGUAGCUAUGUAUCCUUAGCAUUAUAUACUUUUAAUUGCAUUUAAAAGUCAAUAUUAUUUGUUAUGUAACAAUUUGAUUCACCCAAUUUCAUCUUUUAAUAUAUCCCAACAGUCAUAUUUCUAUAAAUUGAUUGUUUGAGC